UUUAGCUGGACAAUAACCUAGACAGAGAGAGAAAGCUGAAAUAAUUUUUCUUUAAAUUGAAUCACGGUCUUUACACAUGAUGUGAGAACCACCUCGUGCUCGAGGUAGUUUCAACCUAAGGAGGCUCCACGCGGUUUAGGAAACCAACGCAUUCUCCUUUCGGUUUAACAUUCCUCCGGAAAAAGGUUUUCGAAACUGAAACUUGCUGAGAGAGCACUUUCAAUCUCCGAAUUUCCCCUCGCGGGGGGAAGCCCAAAGACACCCUCAAGACUCCUGGCCAAUCAAGGUCAGAGUUUUUAUCUAGGGGAUUCCCAAAAUAAAUCAUGUCGGGAGUCAAAUCGAUCUGCCUUCCCCAGUUUAACGCAUUUCUUUGUGACCAUCUUUACGAGUACGUAAAUUCUGCGUUUAGGAGGAAAUAUUAUAUACACCAUGGCUGAAAAUCGUCUUCCUCGAGGAGAUGACUUAGCUCAGCAAGAAAAUAACGGCUUUGGACCACUUUUCAAGCGUCGUGGGAAAACUGCUACUGUCACUUCAGCUAUUAUGGUUGUGAUAAGUGGCGCGACGCUAUUCUUCGCGGUGAAAGAUAAAGAGAAGGAGUUUCAUUUCCUGGUGUUUACAGCUGCCCUGCUUACCCUCAGUUUUGUUUUCGGUGAAUUAUUUCGAAGGUUGCCCCUGUUGUCUGAGGAGUUCAAACACAAACGCACGAGAUAUCAAGGAAAGUUGAAGGGUAUUUUUAAGACCACUUUCACCUUCGAUUAUGGCAAGUGUAUUUUAGUCGCUGCUAUUGCUUCCGCUCUCAUAUUAUGUUAUCAGUUGUAUGAACAAUACGAAGUUUUCUCUCGCCCAGAAUUCGCCAUUUUCUUUUUUCUGAACUGUUUCGUGGCUCCGCAGUUGUUGUACCUUGUGGGUCUCCGACAGCUCUCUCCUGUGGAAACAUCGGAUUUAAACGAAAAAGAAAACAAGAAUGUGGCUGAUGGGCUGGCUUGGAGCUACUACUUUGGUUAUCUGAAGCUGGUACUGCCAAAACUGAAAGAUCAGAUUGGCAGAUCGGAGCUUUUUCGUUAUGAAAUAACAAGGAAAAAGCUAUUCAUUUUACUGCCCAAAACGUGCUUCACUUGUGCUGACAUCAAAGACGCAGACCCAAGGGUAAAAUGGGUCGGUAAUCUCCCAGAGCUUAAAAUUAGUAGGGGUGGAAUUAAGGAAAGAAUUUACAAGCAUUCGGUACAUAAGAUAGAAAUGCCCCGCCCUGAUGGAACAGUAGAAAGGUACCACUUUAUCUUGGAGUAUGCCACACCUCUGAUGUCCCUUUAUGAUAUGUCUGAGCAUGCAGACGCCUCCUUUAAUCGUGAGGAGCGGGAUCAUCAGGUGGUGUUAUUCAUCCAAAAAUUGAGGGAAAUUCUGGAGAACUCCGAAGAGUGCAGAGGGACUUAUGAAUUAGUGCCAAUUUCAGGAAAUGAUCCAAAUGAGAUCUCAAAUGUCCUGAUUGGGAUGCAUAACGCUGCCAACAUUGAGAUGCACAAUCCAGAAGCUAAUGGAGUGCACAGACCAGAACAAGAACAGCUCUAAACAAAAUAAUGCUAACUCGGUGUAGCAAGAAACUCAGUCUGUAAUGUUGUACACAUAAGUUCCUGAUAUUUUACAGGACCUGCAAUAUAGUAAAUGAAAUAUUUCUUUUCUGAUGCAUGUAGGAAUGAGGAGCCUUUGAAGGGGCAAAGAUGUUGAUUACAAAUCUUUAUCUAAAUCUUGUGGCUUAUACUUUUAUUUCACCCAUAAUAGAUACCACUUGAUGUUGGUUAAGGAGACUAACAUUGUUUUUUAGAGAGGUUAGUAAAGGGACAGUCCUCAUCUUGCAGAUUUAUGUUGAUUGUGUUCUGAAAACAUUCAAAGGCACAGCCUUUAAUUUGUGUAAGUGGAGAAGGCUAUAGCCUAAUUUAUUUUGCCCUUCCUUAUAGCCAAGCAGAUUACAUAAUUUGUAGUGAGCCCUCAGUGGGAUAGUAACGUAAACAUGAACAGAGAUUUAUAAAACAGGCUGAAUAGUUUAGUUUUUCUCAGUUUUCAUUUUUCUUUGCUUUGCUCAGUGAAAUACUUAAAUUGAUGAUUGUUGUGCUCUUAUUCUGUAAACAUAUUAAUUAUCCCUUUACACCUCUAUAUCAGUAUGCAUAUUCUUCCUACUAUUCUCAGUUGCAAAUUUCCUUACAAGGAGAAUUUGUGUUUCAAUCACAGCUUUUUAGUUUGGCAUUUAUUUUCUUUAUUUCCACAGUCUUUAUAAUAAAUAUUUCAGCAAUAUUACUUUAAGGAGAAAUUUGAUACUUGUCACUCUAAGGAUUAAAAGGGUUAAAAAUAAAACAUGACACAAAGCAGCUGUGUGUUAAAUCUGA